UGCUUACAAAUACAACCCCAGACAAAAUGUAUUCAACUAUAGCAGGUAUUAAUGUAUAUAAUCACAAAGUUGGACCUCGCCAAUAUAGUUCGGCGUCAGUAGCAGUUGAAGCAGGAGAUGGACCAAACUUCAAUCAAAUACAAGUGGGGUGGAUUGUGAACCCAGACUUAUAUGGCGAUACACGCACCCAUUGGUUUAUGCAAUGGACUAGCGACGUCCGCAAUAUUACGGGAUGUUUUAAUCUUAAUUGUGGGGGUUUCAUACAAACUAAUACCCAAGUUCCUGUUGGUGGUGCUAUCGACAAGGUCUCCGUUUACAGUACUGAUGAACAAGUGGUCAUGAGAUUUGGCCUUAUUCAAGAUACAGGCAACGUACGCGGAAAAUGGUGGGUGGUUUAUAAUGAUAAUAUUAAUCCAAUUGGGUAUUGGCCACCCACAGAAUUUAAAGAGUUAGUUGAAGGAGCAGACACAUUGAAAUGGGGAGGCUAUGUUUUCACUCAGCCGGGUAGUAAUACUUACCCUCCUAUGGGCAGUGGACAUUUUGAUGAUGGUUUAUAUGACCGGACUUGUUUCAUGAACCAACUUCAAUAUACAGAUUCCAACUUUGAUUUGAAGUCUCCAACUGAUGUUCAAAUCAUUAUGUCUGAGCAUUACCUUGUAGGAGAUAAUUCAUACAAAAACGACACACAGGGUUAUAGCUUUCUUUUUGGUGGACCAGUCCCAUAA